GUCUACUCACUUGAAGAUGGUCCUGUGCGCACUGUUUGGAAAAAUCUCAAACUUACAGUCAAUAUCAUUGAAACGAUUGAGAAUAGGACGAUGACUGUAGACUGGCUAAAUCUCAUGCAGGAACCAUUCAAAUCUGUACCUCUUAUAUGGACUAUCCAUGAGAAAACACUAGCCAUCCGUUUGCGUCAACACCUAUCAGGUGGCCAAACUGAGAUUGUAGAAGUUUGGAAAAAAGUUUUCAAUCGUGCUACUGUUGUUGUCUUCCCCAACUAUGUCCUGCCGGUGUUCUAUUCGGCAGCUGAUGUUGGCAACUAUUUUGUUAUACCGGGUUCUCCUGCUGAAGCAUGGGAAGCAGACAAUUUUUUGGCUUUACAUAAAGAUAAUCUGCGUGUCAGGGUGGACUAUGGGCCAGAUGACUUAGUUAUUGCAAUCAUGGGAAGUCAAAUCUCUUAUAGAGGUUUAUGGCUGGAGCAGGCCCUUAUUUUACAGGAACUACGCCCAUAUUUUGUAGGUUCGGCAUUUGAUAGCAAUUCCACUUCUAAUCUCAAAAUCAUUAUUUUAAGUGGUUAUUCAGCUAGCAACUACAGUGUGGCUGUGGAGGCCAUUGUUCUAAACUUGGGAUACCCAAAGGGAAUUGUGAAGCAUGUUGCUCUUGAUGAAGGUGUAGACAGUGUUCUAAGCAUGGCUGAUCUUGUGAUAUAUGGAUCUUUUCGUGAAGAGCAAUCUUUUCCGGACAUUUUGAUAAGAGCUAUGUGCUUUGGAAAACCAAUAAUAGCCCCGGAUCUCUUGAUGAUAAAAAAAUAUGUUGAUGAUAGGGUGAAUGGCUAUCUAUUUCCAAAGGAGAAUAUUAAGUUUCUGAAACAGAUAAUGUUGCAAGUAGUCUCAAAAGGAAAACUAUCACCUCUAGCUCGCAAUAUUGCUUCAAUUGGAAAACAAACUGCUAAAAAUCUCAUGGUUUUAGAAACAGUUGAAGGGUAUGCUUUGCUCUUGGAACACAUUCUGAAGCUCCCAUCUGAAGUUGCACCUUCCCAGUCUGUCAAAGAAAUCCCUUCCAAGUUGAAAGCAGAAUGGCAGUGGCAUCUUUUCAAAGAAAUGGCAGAUUUUACUUAUCUAAAUAGAACUUCAAGAAGCUACGGAUUUUUAGACAACGUUGAAAGUCAAUGGAACCAUACUCAAAGGGAGAGUUCUGGUGCUGUGACUGCACCUAAUGAAACAUUUUUAUACAGUAUCUGGGAUGAAGAAAAAUCUGUUCAGAUGAAUAACACAAGGAAGAGAAGAGAAGAAGAAGAGUUAAAGGAUAGAACUGAACAACCUCGGGGAACAUGGGAGGACGUGUAUAAAAGUGCCAAAAGGGCUGAUCGUUCUAAGAAUGAUUUGCAUGAAAGGGAUGAUGGGGAGCUUGAAAGGACGGGUCAACCAUUAUGCAUCUAUGAACCUUACUUUGGUGAAGGAACCUGGCCCUUUUUACAACGUAGAUCACUCUAUCGUGGACUCGGACUGUCCGCCAAAGGUCGAAGACCUGGGGCAGAUGAUGUUGAUGCUCCUUCUCGUCUUCCACUCCUGAGCAAUACUUAUUAUCGAGAUGUCCUCGGUGACUAUGGUGCCUUUUUGGCAAUUGCUAAUCGGAUUGACCGCAUUCACAAAAAUGCUUGGAUAGGGUUCCAAUCUUGGAGAGCAAUGGCUAGGAAGGAAAAUUUGUCUAAGACUGCUGAAAAUGCACUGUUGGAUGAUAUCCAAGCACGAAGACAUGGUGACGCUCUCUACUUUUGGGUUCGUAUGGACAUGGAUUCAAGAAACCCAUUGAAACAGGAUUUCUGGUCAUUCUGUGAUGCUAUAAAUGCAGGAAGUUGCAAGUUUGCUUUCUCCGUGGCUUUUAAGAAGAUGUAUGGCAUAAAACAUAACUUGAGCUCCCUACCUCCCAUGCCUGUAGACGGGGACACAUGGUCCAUCAUGGAUAGCUGGGUUUUGCCAACCAGGUCCUUCCUAGAGUUUGUAAUGUUUUCAAGAAUGUUUGUGGAUGCACUUGAUGCACAAUUCUAUGAUGAGCACCAUCAAAGUGGGCAGUGUUACCUGAGUCUAUCCAAGGACAAGCAUUGCUACUCUCGGGUGCUUGAGCUACUCGUAAAUGUCUGGGCAUACCAUAGUGCAAGACGAAUGGUUUAUGUGAAUCCAAACACAGGCGUGAUGCAAGAACACCACAAAUUGAAGAGCCGGAGAGGUCAAAUGUGGGUCAAAUGGUUCGAGGCCAACACCCUUAAGAGCAUGGAUGAGGACCUAGCUGAAGAAUCAGAUUCAGACCACCCUAAGAAAAGGUGGCUGUGGCCAUCAACAGGUGAGGUCUUCUGGCAAGGUCUUUACGAGAAAGAGAGGAAUCUAAGAAAUCGAGAGAAGGAGAAGAGGAGGCAGCAGAGUAAGGAUAAGAUCUCUAGGAUUAGGAAACGGACUCGUCAGAAAGUAAUAGGAAAGUAUGUGAAGCCCCCGCCAGACGAGAUCGAAAACACAAACACAACUGUGGCAGUCAGAUAG